GGGCCUGCGCGCGUCCCGGUUGCCCGGAUACCGAGCGCGUCCCUCGCAGCGGCCCAAGCUCGCUAUCUGCAGGGUCUAGGGUGUAGCUGGGGAGGCAGUUGGUCCUCAUUUCUCGAGGAAACCCGCGGAGGAGCCGCGCGCCGCGAUUCCCCAGCCUGGUCCGGCCUGCGGAGAGCGAUGCCUCUUCCGGACACCAUGUUCUGCGCUCAGCAGAUCCACAUUCCCCCGGAGCUGCCGGACAUCCUGAAGCAGUUCACCAAGGCUGCCAUCCGCACCCAGCCGGCCGACGUGCUGCAGUGGUCCGCGGGAUAUUUUUCAGCCUUGUCGAGAGGAGACCCACUUCCUGUAAAGGAAAGGAUGGAAAUGCCCACGGCAACCCAGAAAACAGACACGGGCCUGACUCAAGGACUCCUUAAAGUUUUGCACAAGCAGUGCCACCACAAGAAAUACGUGGGACUAACCGAUCUGGAGCAGAAGUGGAAGAAUUUGUGCCUGCCGAAGGAAAAGUUCAAAGCGCUCUUACAACUGGAUCCUUGUGAUAACAAAAUCAAGUGGAUAAAAUUCUUGGCACUUGGAUGUAGCAUGCUUGGUGGGUCCUUGAACGCGGCACUGAAGCACCUGUGUGAGAUCCUCACGGAUGAUCCGGAGGGCGGGCCGGCUCGCAUCCCCUUCGAGACGUUCUCCUACGUCUACCGCUACUUGGCCAAAUUAGACUCCGACAUCUCUCCCUCAGAGACGGAAUCCUACCUUGCCUCUCUCAAGGAAAAUAUAGACGCGAGGAGGAGCGGCAUGAUAGGGCUUUCAGAUUUCUUCUUUCCAAAGAGGAAACUUUUAGAAAACCUUGACAACUCUGAAGAUGUAGGCCAUUAAUAGAGAGAAGAAUACAUUUUCAUGUUAAAAUAGUGCUCUUUACAAUUUUGGCACCAAAUACAGCUUCUCAUUAAUCACACA